UUAGUUCUAGAUGAAGCCGAUCGAAUUCUUGAUUUAGGAUUUGAGAAAACUAUGAAUGCAAUCAUAGAGAAUUUGCCACCAGAAAGACAGACUCUGCUGUUUUCAGCAACGCAAACAAAAUCAGUGCGUGAUUUAGCCAGGUUAAGUCUUAAAGAUCCUAAGUAUAUAUCUGUACAUCAGCACCAUGAAUAUAGUACACCGGCACAGUUAGAACAGAGCUAUGUAGUUUGUGAACUCCAUCAGAAGCUGAACAUGUUAUAUUCUUUUAUACGGAACCAUCUAAAAAAGAAAACCUUGGUAUUUAUGGCAAGUUGCAAACAGGUAAAGUAUGUAUAUGAAGCAAUAUGUCGUCUACGUCCUGGUAUAACAGUGAUGGCAUUGUAUGGAAAACUAAACCAGUUACGAAGGGUCGCCGUCUAUAAUGAAUUUUGUAAAAAGGAAAAUGCGGUUUUAAUAGCUACAGACAUUGCUGCAAGAGGACUAGAUUUUCCUGCUGUGCAUUGGGUCUUACAGUUAGACUGUCCAGAGGAUGCCAGUACUUACAUACACAGAGCGGGUAGAACAGCUAGAUACCAAGAUGAUGGGGAAUCAUUGCUAGUUUUACUCCCAUCAGAAGAAAAAAACAUGUUACACCAAUUGGUAGAGAGGAAAAUACCCAUACAGAAAAUAAGGAUAAAUCCAGAUAAAUUGAUCCAGAUACAAAACAAACUGCAGGCAAUAUGUGCUAAAAACUAUGAAAUGAAACAAUCUGCCCAGAGAUGUUUUAUUUCUUACUUGAGAUCUAUUUAUUUAAUGAAGAAUAAAGAUGUCUUUGAUAUCAAUAAAUUAACAACUGAUGAGUAUGCAACGUCCCUGGGUCUUGUUAUUUCACCAAGAAUCAGAUUUUUGCAAAGAGCUGAAAAAUUGAGAGAAAAGCAGAUGGCAGAAAAAAUAUCAUCCACAAAAACUGAAACAAAAAUCACACCACAAACAAGCAGUGGUGGAUCAGAGGAGGAUGAAAGUGAAAAUGAAGACAGUAAUAGUAACCAUGGUGAUAAAAAUAAACUAAUAGCUGAUAAAGAUAUUAAGAUUUCUCUUGAUGAUAGUGAUGAUGAUAUUCUUACGGUGAAAACUAAGAAUGUGUUUGAAGAAGAUUCCCAGUCUAGCGAAGAAGACACUGAAGAAGAUACUGUAGAAGUCAGAGAGGAAACAGUUACUGUGUCAGUGAAACCAGAAGAAGAAAAUGAAAAGAAAGAUUUAAAAGUUCCGGUGAAGACAAAUCCUAAAAAGAAAUUAUCAAAAGCAGCAUUGGCCAAGAAACUAGCUAGGAAGAAAUAUAAAGUGAACCAAAAGAUCAUAUUUGAUGAGGAGGGAGAGGUUGCUCAGCAGUUUCCUCCAGUGCAGAAAACCUUUAUCCAGAUGGAUGAAGAUGAUGACAAAGGUGGUAUAAACAUUGACAAAACAGUAGUGUUGAUGCGAGAAGAAGAUAAACAUGAUAAACAAGUAUUUAGACAACGAGUUAAAGACAAACACAGAGCUGAAAAACUGAAGAAAAAAGCUGGAAGAAAAAGGCGGAAACGAGGGGAUGAGAGUGAGGAGGAAGAUAUUGGUGUACAAUUAUCUAUAAAUCCAGAAGAUGAAUGUAAUAUUGAUUUAUUGCCAGAUCCUGAUCAAUAUUUCAAUAAAAGUGAAAAACAUAGCCAUGCUGAGAAAGAAUUUAGUUUUUCAAAUACGAAGAAAAAGAGAAAGAAGCAAGCUGAUGUCAAAAAGAAAAUGUUGAUUGAUGACAUGGGAUUAAAAGAAGAGGAAGAAUUAGCAUUGCAUUUACUGAUGAAAGAUUCAUGAUAAAUGGAGUACUUUUUGGUUGGUAAUUCUUAGCGAUGUGAAGGAUUCAUGAUAAAUGGAGUACUUUUUGGUUGGAAUUUCUUAGCGAUGUGAAGUGAGAAUUACACUUAGUACUU